AGUUAUACCCACCUUGGGCAUCUUCCCAGCAGGGCAAAGUGAAUGCCUGAGACUGCAUUGUAAGAAUGGCCUCAGAGGACAUCGUUCGGCAAGAGACACUUGGCAUUCUGAAGAAGAAGAGGGUUGAGGAUCGAUUCUGUGUUCUAUACAAGGAUCGCCUCGAUUACUUCACCUCCGAAGAAGCUGCGAAGUCGGAACAGCCACGGGGCCGUUUGGCUCUCAAGGAGGUGGACAGCAUCCAGGACAAUGAAGAUGGCUUCACUCUCAAGCUCACAUCAGGUCAAAGCCUUGCCCUGAAGACGUCCGAGGAGUCAAAGCAGCAGUGGUUGGCCUCCUUGGAGCCUCUGCUAAAAGUAAACAAGGCCGUCCACUCUGGAUACCUCAAUGUCGAGCGGAAGGGCAAGGUGAUUUCGCCUUUCUUUGCGCUUCAAGUGGACAGCCUGGAACGCCACGAAAGCAAGGAAGACUUUGAGAGCGGGAAGGAUCCGCGGGGUACGCAGCCCUUUGCAGAGAUUGAACGACUCACAGCCAGAGGCAACCGAUUUAUGAUUGGUGUGAAGAACCAGACAAAGCCCUUGGAGUUGUUUGUGGACAAUCAGGAGGAGUUUGCAGCCUGGACACGGGCAUUCGAAGACCUUCUAAAGAAGCAGCUGGGUGCGAACUUCGUUGGAGGCUUGACACCAAUAUUAUCAUCAGAUGGUGGACAUGUGAGCGCGAGCGUCAGUGGUGGUACAACCCCACAAGAUGGAGUGCGAGUCCUUUGCGAAGGUGAUUUGCUCAUCCAGAAGAAGUCCAAAGAGGAAAGGAGGUACUGCAUUUUGCGUACCGAUGUCUUCGAGUACUUCCUCAGUGAGACGGAGUUCAGAGCAGGUGCCGCUGCGCGCUGUCGUGCUUUGAUGGAGGAUAUCACUGCGUUCGAGGUGACUGGUGAGCUAAUGAAAGUGACCUUGGGCGAAAGGACCCUGGAGCUCAAGGCUUUGAGCCCCGAGGACUUGAGACGUUGGACGAAAGCUUGGGAGACGGAUCCAGAUGCUCCGGAGGCACAGGACCUGUCGAAUGCCAGACCAGUUCCAGCAACUCCAUCAAUGUCAAGUCCGAAGGAAUUGCCGCCUCGCAAGGGAAAGCUGGUGUGUCAUGGCAGGUUUCACUUCCGCAAAAGCGAGGACCCGGAGGCGAGAGCCGUGGUUUUCGCGCUACGAGAGGGCUGCGUAGAGAUCUUCAUGGACGCAGGAGCAGACGUGAAUGAAGGAGUUCCCGCAGAUCGCAUAAUGAUUGAGGAAAUCCAAGAUUUGGAGGUGGAGGAUGAUCGAUUUAAGGUCCGCUUGGCGGAUAACACGAAAUUUGAGCUUUUGUCGCCUGAGGGAAGAUCCAUUGAUGACUGGUACGACGAGCUGAAGACUGUAUUCGAAGAAGCAGACUCGGCCAAUCAAUCUGUGGCUGGAUCUGUCAAGGAUGUGGGCGAUCACGCAGAAGUGGCUGAACUCGCUAAGAGUUUGUUCAAGUCCGCCAAGACCGUCAAUGCCAUGCUGAAGACCGACAGAAGAGUGAACCAACAAGAGGUGAAGAGCGCCCAGGACUUCUUUGAAGCCUUGAAGCAGGAAGGCACUGAGGAGCUUCGAGCAGCCACCCUGGUUGAGGCGCUUAAGAAGCUUGAUCUCAACUUGACACGAGAGCAAAUCGAAAACUUCGCCCUGGCGAUGGAUGGCUACGGCGGCUUCUCAGGUGGAAUUACUCUGCCGAACUUUGAGAAGGUGUUGAAGCUGGAGGAAAAGGAGUUCAUGCCACUGGCAGAGGAAGUCCUUGAGAAGCGUCGACCCCUCCAGGAGCUGAAGUCCACGGUGCGCUUCGAGCCGAUCGAGGUGAACCGUAAUGGCUUCAUCAGCGGCGAAGGCUUCGAGAAGUUUCAGAAUGAAUUGGCGACAAAGGCGGAACCCAGCUUUGCUCGCCAGCCACCGGGAGAAAUGGAGGACGAUCUCCCGGGAGAUUUGCUGGAGCCCAGCUCCCCCAGCCGGCCUGCGCGGAAUCGAGCGAUUUGUUCCGGUGCAGUCGAGGUCAACGGUCAGAAAAGGCAUGGAGUGCUCUACCCAGACCGGCUGGCGUUCUUCGAAAACCCCGAGGACAUUGUAUACGCUGAUCCCACGAAGAGCGUACAAGUUCGAGAAAUGCAGACGGUCAAGGUGACAAGCACGAACAGCACCUUCGAAAUCCAGGAUGCCAACAGUUCAGGCCCUUUGAAGGUCAAAGUCGUCCAAGCCUUCGAGACCUGGCAGUCCUGCUUGGCAGAGGUCUUGGCUCCCACCUUUUCAAAGGAAGGAAGGGGCAAGACGGUCCUUUGGAAAAACAUGCGAUCUCCAACAGAUACGCCGGUGCGGUUGCCCAAGAGAGGCAUCGACAAGCCCAUGCAUCAUGGACCUCUCAAAGUUGUCACCGCAGAUGGCUCGGAAGAGACUCGGUACUUUCUGGUCUACGUCGAUCGCUUUGAGCGCUUCCCUGAUGCUGCAAGUGCAUUUCGAGAGGAAGAAGGAGGUGUUGUUGUGAUGGCCAUGGACGUAAAAGCCGUUCGGGUCGUGGACAAAGCUUUCAUCUUUGAGCUUCGCAGUGGCAACUUGGAGCUUCGAGUUCCAGAGGGCGAGGAUAUGGAGAUUUGGGUGGCCACCUUCCAGCUGCUCUUCCAUCCUGGGAAUGAAGCUAGCCAAACACCAAGCAACGUUGAUGGUGACGCACGACAGUUCAUUAACAGACGCAGCCCCUUCUUGAAGGACGGGAGCCAUGCUGUUGAGAGGGGCAAGUUCGACCACUCUCAGGUUGCUUCAGAGGUCAACGAUGAGCAAUUCCAGCACUGGGUGCAGACCUUGCCAGAGAAGGUGGUGCAUUGGGGCUUGCUGGGCUUUCAGCAUCAGCAAAGAUUGGUGGUGCGUUUGACCAUUCUCUUCAAGGACCGUCUUGACAGCUGGGGCAGCGCUACUAAGGCCAGCUUGGGCUUCAAGGAGGACAGCAGGAUUUUGAUGUCAAGCAUUCGUGGCGUGGAAACAGUCAGUGGAGGCUUGAUUCUGAAUCUCGGAGGCAAGAAGAUUGGCAUUCAUGUCGGAGGGAACGAAAGCCUGCACCAGUGGUCCCGAGCGCUUUUGAGCGUUCUGGUUCCCAACAAGGUGGAUCACAAUCUCUCGCGUGAGAUGCCCAGCCCACAGGAGCAGAGAGCAAGGUCGGAAACGCCGCGCGCCACGCCGCGGAAGGGCCGCGAUUGGAUUCCCGAGGUGGCCAGGAAGUCCACACAAUCCUUGCAACAUGGAUCAGGCGCUCGCGGAGCCCAGAGACACGUGUCGGUGGUGCACCGUGGAGUUAGCUUGGCCAUGACCCUCCAGAAGGAGCAAGAUUUAAAACGCUUCGCCAUCAACACACAUAAGGCGGCGCCGGAAGUCCUCGAGCUGCUUCAUGGGAAGCAAGGCAAGUUCCUUCCUCACUCGCACCAACCGGGAGUCAGGCAUGUGCACUCCGACGUUGCUGAAAAGCCACACCGCAGUGGGUCUGCCAUCUCCACUCGCAGCACCUCCAGAGAAGAGGGGGCACACAAGGUCACGGGGCAUGAGCGGCAGAUCCCAUCCAGAGGGAGAGUCGAUCACAGCUUUGCCUUCUGGAAGAUCAACACCGAAGAAGCCGUCGUCUCCAGAAGUCCUCGUUCACAGAGCCAGUCGGAUCGGAGCAUAGGCUCCAGAAGCCGAUCUCGUACACCUCUGGAUGAGAAACCUAUCACACCGAAGAUUGGUUCAGAUAACUUCCAGGGCUUGCGAAGCAGAGAGAGCGGCCUAUCGAAUGGCCAUGGCGUUUGUGGGAAAGUUGGUGGUGCAGGUAGACAACCACUUCAGAAUCUACAGAGACGUGCCAAGAACCAGGGCGAGCCUUUGGGGAAGGUCACAGACGCUGGACGGGAGCAAAAUGGCUGGGCUUCUGAGAAGAAAGCAAAGUCAUCAUUUGCUGACAAGGCCAGAGAACUGAACAAGGCUUCCAUGGCACAGACAGCAUCGGCUUAGCGGCUCGUCGCCCAGAGGAUUGCAGGUCAAUAGUCGACGUACGAGCUUGGUUUAGCAGCUUAGCAUGUUUUUGCGAAGGUCGCGUGCAUUGGUCAGACCCAAACGCUUGGUUUGUGUGAUUGUACGGAAAAUCCAUAGAACAUCCUUCCUAUAGCUUUUGUGCCUGCCUCUUGGACUUUUGGCAUCUUUUGGCUGUCAGUUGGUAGUUGUCUCAAUGGUGGGAAGGACAGUGCAUUGGUGUAGCCAAAAUGAUAAAAGUUUCACCGCGCCCGGCCCGGGAAACUCCAUUUGGCUGAGACCUUUCGUUUGACUAGAAUGAUUUGAUUGACUUUGGAAACAAGCCCACCGUUUCAGGGCUGGCGGCAAACCGCUGACCUGUUCGUUGCCCCUGUUCUCAUUCCUGAGCGUGGAAAAAGUUCGUCCCAUCUAACAGGGGAUGAUGUAGAGACGUUGGUCUUUGGAAUGGUGCGCAAGCGUGCGGCAAGCGCUGCGCAAGCGCUGCGCAAGCGUGAACCCGAAGUUUGACGACAUGUAAUUCAAGAUCUUUCUC